AUGAUGGCUUGGUGUUUAAGAAAGAAACGGUACCUGAAAGCUAAGCUCUCUUGGAAGUCCAAGAAGAAAGACUUGUCUCCUUCAGGUAACUGGGAGCCAGAGGAUGAAGAUGAAGAAGGCAGAAUCGUCUUCUUUGGAGGAAGUAAGUACACAUUUGAUUUGGAUGAUUUGUUAGCUGCCUCUGCAGAAAUUUUGGGGAGAGGUGCUUUUGGCUCAACCUACAAAGUAGCUGUGGAUGAUACAGCCACGGUCGUAGUGAAGAGACUGGAAAGGGUGGUAGUUGGAAGAAGAGGGUUUGAGGUAACAAUGGAGAUUGUUGGUGGCAUCAGGCAUGAGAAUGUAGCUGAACUAAAAGCGUAUUACUAUUCCAAGAACGACAAGCUUGCUGUUUACAGCUAUUACAGUAAAGGAAACCUCUUCGAGAUGCUGCACAGUGAGAACCAAGCAUCGCUAGAUUGGGAGUGUCGAUUAAGAAUAGUGAUUGGUGCAGCAAGAGGAUUGGCUAUUAUCCAUGAAGCAGAUGACAGGAAGCUUGUCCAUGGGAACAUCAAAUCUUCCAACAUCUUCAUAGACGCACAAUGCAACGGCUGCAUCUGCGACCUCGGCUUGACAGAAAUCACGAGAUCUCUCCCUCGGACUACCAUUCGUUCUUCCGGUUAUCACGCUCCUGAAGUAACAGACACAAGAAAGUGCACACAGUUUUCUGAUGUAUACAGCUUUGGGGUAGUAUUACUGGAGCUUCUAACAGGGAAAUCUCCAGCGAGUCCACAGCUAUCAGGUGAGGAAAACAUGGACUUGGCUAGCUGGAUAAGGUCAGUGGUGACGAAAGAGUGGACCGGAGAAGUUUUUGACAUAGAGCUAAUGAAGCAAAUAGGUAUAGAGGAAGAGAUGGUUGAGAUGUUGCAAAUAGGUUUGGCUUGUGUUGCCUUGAAGCCACAAGAUCGACCUCAUGCAGCAGAGGUUGUAAAGAUGCUACAAGACAUUCAAACACUUGACGCAGAGUGA